AUUUUUUUGCUUUCAUAAAAAAAAAAAUGGUUGAAAAUUCUGAUUCAAAUAAAAGUCAUAACAAAAAAACUUUUAAACAUCAAGAUAAUCUUCCAAAGUUACCAGUACCUCCUUUGGAAGAUGCUAUUAAAAGAUAUCUUUCUGCAGUUAAACCUCUUCAGAGAGAAAAAGAUCACAAACAAACAAUCGCAGCAACUCAGGAAUUUCUUGAAAAGGAAGGUCCUCAACUUCAAGAAAAGUUAAUAGAUUAUGCUAAAGAUAAACCUAGUUAUAUUGAAGAAUUUUGGGAUGAUUCCUAUCUUAGUUAUACUGAUCCAGUUGUUUUAAACCUGAAUCCAUUCUUUGUUUUGGAAGACGAUCCCACUCCCGCGAGAAAUAAUCAAGUUAUUCGUGCCGCUUCUUUAAUUCUUUCUUCCUUAAAAUUUAUUCAUGCUUUAAGAACAGAAAUUCUUGAACCUGAUUAUUUUAGGGGUAUUCCUCUUUGUAUGGCUCAAUUUAAUCGAUUAUUUGGAACUGCUCGUUUACCUACUGGAACUGGUUGUACGAUGAGUACUUCUCAAGAUUCUAGACAUAUAGUUGUUAUAUGUCGUGGACAAUUUUAUUGGUUUGAUGUAUUAAAGGAAAAUAAUGAAGUUGGAAUUAAUGAAAGAGAACUUGUAAAUAAUCUUAAAACUAUUAAACAGGAUGCUUCUGAUUUACCAAUUGUAGAUAUUGCAAAAAAUGCAGUUGGUGUUCUUUCUACUGAAAAUCGUACAAUUUGGGCUGAGCUUAGAGAUAUAUUAGAAAAAUCUUCAGAAGAUAAUAAGGAUGCCUUGAAAGUACUUGAUUCUGCUUUAUUUGUAGUUUGUUUGGAUGAAGUUUCUCCUGAAACUAGUGAUGAACUUGCAACAAACAUGCUUUGCGGUACAUAUGAUAUACAACAAGGUGUACAAUGUGGUACUUGUUCCAAUCGUUGGUAUGAUAAAUUGCAGAUUAUUGUCUGUGAAAAUGGUUCAGCCGGUGUAAAUUUUGAACAUACUGGUGUUGAUGGUCAUACUGUCUUACGUUUUGUUUCGGAUAUUUAUACUGAUACUAUUUUACGAUUUGCACAUAAAAUUAAUAGUCAUGCAACACCUAUAUUCAAUUCACAACCAACUUCUCAUCAUCAUCAAACAAAUGGUAUAAUAGAUACAAAUCCAAAGAAACUUGAAUGGAGUUUUAAACCUGAAAUUCAUGUUGGUAUUAGAUUUGCAGAAACAAGGUUAAGUGAUCUUAUAUUACAGAAUGAAGUUAAAGUUCUCGAAUUUGAUAAGUAUGGAAAAAGUUUUAUCACACACUAUAAUUUUAGUCCGGAUGCUUUUGUUCAGAUGGCUUUUCAAGCUGCUUAUUAUGGUCUUUAUGGUUCAAUUGAAAGUACUUAUGAACCGGCAAUGACUAAGGCAUUCCUUCAUGGACGAACUGAAGCAAUUCGUUCUGUUACCACAGAAUCCGUUGAUUUUGUAAAACUUUGGUGGACUGAUGCACCUGGUUCAGAAAAACUUAAAGCUUUACGUGCAGCUGUUAAAGCUCAUGUACACUUGACAAAAAUGUGUGCAAAAGGUUUGGGGCAAGAUAGGCAUUUAUAUGCUUUGCAAUGUGUAUGGCAAAAAGAGGUUGGCAACUCUAAUAAUGAAGCAAAGUUACCAGCUAUAUUUAGAGAUAUAGGUUGGCAAACUUUAAGUAGCACAGUAAUAAGCACAAGUAAUUGUGGUAAUCCUGCUUUAAGGUUAUUUGGGUUUGGACCGGUAGUUUCGGAGGGUUUUGGUAUAGGUUAUAUCAUAAAAGACGAAGGAAUUGCGUUUUGUGCCUCAUCUAAACAUAGACAGACGCGUCGUUUCCUCCAAACUCUUGAGAAUUACUUUAAUGAUGUUCGCUUAUUACUUCAGUCAGAAAAACGUGUUCCUGGUACAAUACGUAAUUCAUCUGAAGAAGAGAACAUUAGCAUGCUUUCAGGAUAUGGUUAUUUUGACGCUGGUGGUAUUGAUUCAUUAUUUGAGCAUCGUUUGGAAGAAAAGAGAGGAGGAAUGAAAAGAGUUGGUAGAGCAUUGAAACCUGUGGAUUAUUGUUAAUUUUGCUAUGAUAACUAAAUUAUUUAAUAAUUAUUUAAAGUUUAUUUUCACCAGUCUUAACCUAAUAAUAAUUUGAAAGUAUUAUUUAAAGGCAGUUGCUUGUAAUUGGUUUCAGAAAGGCUUUAAACUUUAGAAUCUAGAUUGUUAUGAAGAGAAAAAGUAUUUCAAACGUUAAAAGUGCGGAUAUUUCAAACAUUAAAAGUGCGGUAAGUUACCAAAAAGAAUUGGGUAAUUAAUUAUUUAUAUAGUUACUAUAUUUAUUUUCAUAUCAAUAAUAAUACCAAUACAAUCAUUGUCAUCAUAUUCAUUAAUAUCAAAUAAAAGAACAAUUCAACAUUUUC